AAAACAAAAAACAACUGACUGGAACUAAAUUUUUGUAAACUAAUCAACAGAUGAUGAGAUGGACGAGGAUUUCCGUUUUUGUUUUGUUUAAAUACUCGAGAAAACAAAAACAACAAAUGUGAAGUGACGACUCAAAACCUUUAACUAAACUGUUUUUGAGCUUUGCUGGUAUUGACGGGAUCUAAGGGGUUGUUGGGGGCUUCCAAAAACAAACAUCCCGACCACCCCAAAUUUAGCUUUGAAUCAAAGUUAAAAGAUCUGUCAAUAGUUGUUGUCCUGCGUAAGGAUAAACAUUAAAAACAUCGAAAUGACCAUCUCGUAUUUUUAAAAUUCUUCGUAAAGGCAUCUUUGCAAAUUAAUAAAUAAAUUUCUUCGUAAAGGAAGCUAGGGUUGUCUUUUGAGUUUUUUCCUGCUCCGACUUUUUAUAAACCAAGUCAGUUGACACCAACAUCACCAUUAUUAUUAAUGGAAAACAAAAUUUCUUUGAUUGUUUUUCUACGCUCCACCCCAAAGUUGUGUUUUUGAUAGCGGUGGAUACUAGGUUAGAUUUAUAGUGGUGACAGUGAUUGUCGUUGCUAAUAAUACCGAAGGCGGUAGGCUGCCAUGCAAGGUGGAAGGACUCCUCCAACAAGGAAGGUAAUGGUAAUAGCAGAGCCAACCCGAGAGUCAACGAUCGCAUUACAAUACACUCUAUCACAUGCAAUAUUUGAGCAAGAUGAAUUGAUUCUCCUCCAUGUUGGGAAGUACCCAAGCUCGCGGCCAAACGCAUUCUCUACAUUCAUGAGGAGGCCUAAGGUAGGCUCCUCUUCUGCCAUUUCAUGCUCAGAUGUAGGUGGAGGGAACGUGGAUUUUCUCGAAGAAAUGAAGCAUGCAUGCAAGAUUGCUCAGCCGAAGCUUCUUGUAAGUGUAAAGAGGGUGGAAAUAGAGGGCAAAGAUAAGGCGAGGGUUAUUCUCUUUCAAAGCAAGAUGCUCAACAUCGAUCUCAUAUUUGUAGGGCAGCGUCGGAGUCUCUCUUCGUCAAUUUUAGGAUGUAGGCGGCCUGGAGGGUCUAUGAGAGCAGCAAAAGUGGUAGACACGGCAGAGUAUUUGAUUGAGAAUAGCAACUGCACCUGUGUUGGGGUUCAGAAAAAGGGCCAAAAUGAAGGCUAUCUUCUCAAUACAAAAACCCACAAGAAUUUUUGGCUCUUGGCAUAAGGCACUCAAAAGCUCUAUCUCCGAGAGUCGCUCAUCAGUGUGGUGUUCGAAAAUUGGUUGAAUGCCAGAUCAAGGGUUGCUUUACAAUUAUUAAGACAUCUUUGUAUCUCUUAGCUAAAGGUGAACCGUAUGUACGAUUUUCUUCACACCUACUGCACAGACAGAGAUUGUAAAUAAAUUUGUACAUGGCUGGCCUUUGGAAACCAACUAUACGAAACUGAGAGUGAAGCAUUCACUUUGAGAUUAAUUAAACAAA